UUUCCGACUGUACCUGAAGGCACCGUAAUGUAACUAGUGAAAGCAGGAGUGAAACCUGGAGGAGGAGGCGGAGUGAGGGGGAUGGGACAGUGAAUGAUAAGAGCUGACGGGAGGAGGACGGUUCGACUCUGUGGUAAUGACAUUUAUUAUACACAAGCGAUUUAUUCCUACGCCUCCGUGUUGAGAGUUUUAUUUAAAGGGUAGUGUCGGGUGAGUUAGGACCGACCUGUCUGUAAUGCUAAUGUUAGCUUCAAGAAAGUGACGGAGAGGCGGAUUUCCAACAACCCACCCAACAGACAGAGCUAGUUAGCUUACCCGGCUAGCUAGGGUUAACGUUACCAAUGGGACUGGCGUGGGGAGCGUUAGGUGUUGUUUAAAUGUACACAUUCAGGGAUCCAUUUCUUGUUAUUUGUGAAAUUUAAAGGAAGAAAUGUGUGUCAGAGACAUGUUGCGCCACACACUGAAAGAGGAACCAGUAUCCAGUUGUCAUGCUGCAGGCUAAUCGUGAACACGUUAGCGUUAGCUGCUCUGCGCUGCACGGCGGAUAUGUUCCUGAUGAUAUACUGUCAUCUGUGUUUGAAACAUUAACUCAAACAUUUAACAGCUGUCUGUUACUAUCACAGUCGUGACUCGUGGUGUAGAGUCUCAUAAGGAAGUACUAAGAAUGACUGGGGUGCGCUCAGGUCACAACUUUUGACCCGAGUGUACCUGUGUUUAUGUCAGGAUACAUGACACCGACCAGACUCAACUAUAAGAUCUAGAAGACGAUCAAAUUCAACCCCAAACAACAACCAACUCCUCCAUCAUUUCUACUUUUUCUGUUUUUGUUGACAUGGUCAGACAGGGGGUCAUUUUUCCUGAACAAGCUUUUUUGUAAGGCAUUAAAGUGUAAAAUUAAUUUAGGAUUAAACACACCGUAACACAGUCAGACACCCCCUCCAGAGAUGAAUGUUGCUACAGUAGCUUCCUCUCAAGGGAUUAAAAUUUCAUGUCAGCAAGUCGCUUGUUCGUAGUGAGACCUCAGGCCAGUCCAUUAAGGACUACAGCGGGGGUUUACAGCUCAAGAAAGAACAUAUUGAUCAUUUUUUCACUGCAGACGCGGUAGUUCUUCUGCCUUAGCGUCUCGGUCUGAUUGUAUUUCCAUGAAGAAAUGAUCAUAAAUGUUCUUCCUUGAGCUGCGUCACCCUGUGUAGUCCGUAAUGGACUGGCCUGAGAUCUCGCUGCAAACAAGUGGCUGCUGGAAGAGAGUAGGUGAGUUGUGUUCAGUCACUUAGCUAAAGAAAUUAGUCAAAGUUAAAAAGAUGUUUGGUGGCUAGUUCUAUGGCUGGGACCCUAUAUGUCCUGUUGAUGAAGUUAGUUGCUGUUCUGCUAUAGAGUGAUGUUUUGGUUGAGCGUGUGGCUCUCUGUAUUUCUAUUCUGUGGUUGUUACUAAAGUUGGUAUAACUAGAGAAGCAAGCGGUCGGCAACAUUCAUCACCGGAGGGGGUGUCUAACUCUGUGUUAUGGUGUGUUUGACCCUAAAUUAAUUUUAUGCCACAAUAUCCCUUUAAAAUUAGGAUGUGAAAAUCUUCAUUCUUGUCUAUUAUGGUCGUGUUUGCUUUCGGUAAUUUUAAAAAGGUAUCCAUGAAUAUUAGUCUAUUUCACAAACUUUCAUCUGUAGAAGUGCUCGACUGCUUCCAUUCAUGACAGGUUGAGUUGUAUUAUGUUGACGCGCUGUUGUUCACAUUUUUAGGGAAGUUCCGUCUAACGUAUGGUAAACAUAAUGUACAAAUACGAUAAAAUGCUUCUCUCUUUGCCUCUGCAGGUGAGUGCCUGCGAGGAUGACGAUGCCACAUGUAGGCGCAGUGUUUGCUGCAAUAGCAGGAGUGAUGGCCAUCAUGUUGCACUCCUCCAUUCACAAGAUAGAAGAAGGACACCUUGCUGUCUACUACAGGUAUCUGAACUUCCCUUACCUGUAUUCUAAAGACAUGUAAAUGUUAAAUGAAUAGGAAGGAAUGAAGGUAGAUACAUAUAAGCUUAAUACCUUCAAUCUACUCCUUUUCAAUCUCCAAAAAUAUGAACUUCCUUGUUUUGUCUAAUUGUACUGUAUGUAUGUUUGAUGGAAUAAACAAUAAAGACUUUAAAAUAAAUAAAAAAAACCUUGCAAAUCCUGACCUAACAGACAAAUAUAUAUGAAGAACAAGAACAUGUUUUGGAGGCACACAUACACCUACAUUUGAUCAUGAAUACGUCCUUCACAAAUGGACCUAUGGGAAGAAAGAAAGCCUUGCAACAAGGGUUGAGUACAACAGUAAUUAAUCUUUAACUUCUCCUCCUGCAAUGGGAGCUUGGAAGGAAUAAAAUUGAGGUUUCCAGUUCAGUGAUACAGUUAAAUUUUUGGCAACAGUUAACAUCCCUGGAAAUCCCUCUACCAUCUCCUUACUCUUUCAGAUGGUCUACAGCGUCACCUCAGACCAGAUACAUCUUUUGUUGUUGUUGUUGUUUCAGGGGUGGAGCCUUGCUGAUCUCUCCGAACGGUCCUGGGUAUCACAUUAUGCUGCCUUUCAUCACCACCUACAGAUCAGUGCAGGUAAACUGUCCCGUCAGCCUGUUUAGCAGAGGCAUGCUGCAGGCGCUGCACAUGAAAACCAGAAUCAGAUCUUCUAUAAAUAAAUCAGCUGCAGCAUGCAACCAGUUGCCAUCCAACCGUAGCUGCAGUGGCUUUAUUUUAAACUCAGGCUAUACACAGUCGAUGUGGUCGAGGUAGAAUGUUUUCGAUCUCAUCUAUUUUGAAAAUAGUGUUUGUCAUGAGCUUUAAUUGGAAAAUUGCAUUCAGAGAUCAGUAAUUACCGAUGACGAGGUUUGUGUCUAAAUGGAACGAACAUCAUCAGUUAUUUCUUUGCUGAGUAAAAAAUUAUUCAUUCUAGCCAUAAAUUUUGUGUUUUGUUGAACAAUUUUACUGCGACUGUGUUAGGCAAAGGAAAUAUAAGUUUUGGUGUAAAAUAGAUAUAAAGAGGACAAUCUAUCAUGAUAUUGAAGUGCGAAUGUGUAGAUACAACAAUAUAACGAUCUCAGUCAAGGACUCAUUACUGCUUUCAAGCUUUGAGAUCCUCACUCUGUUUGAGUUCAGAGGUCAGAGUGCUUGUGUCAUUUUUUGAUUGGAUAAAGAUUGAACUCAACAUAAGAGAGGAUGAUACUAUCAAUGAUACUAUUUUCAAGAUCAGACAUACUGUACUUUCUCACAGGUGGAGAACUUUGUACACAACAAAUAAUAAAUUAAAAAUUAAUUCCAGUGUUUAUGAAUGAACCUGCGGCUUUUUGAUUUUUCUUGCGUUGCAGACUACGCUCCAAACUGAUGAGAUCAAGAAUGUGCCUUGUGGAACGAGGUAAGACUGAGCUUAUUGGUCCAGCUCUUUAGACGUGUACUCUCAUGAAAAUGAGCGUUGACUGAACAGAUUCUUUGCUCUCGUUACAGCGGUGGUGUGAUGAUCUACUUUGACAGGAUAGAGGUUGUUAACAUGCUGGUACCAUCAGCAGGUACUCUUCCUUCACUUCCUUCUCUUUUUCGAAGACCCUUUAACUUCUCUGCCUGCUUGCCGUCACAAUAACGCUCCUCUGUUUAUUAAUUUCCAGUUGUGGACAUUGUAAGGAACUACACGGCUGAUUAUGACAAAACUCUAAUUUUCAACAAGAUCCACCAUGAACUCAACCAGUUCUGCAGCGUACACACUCUUCAGGAGGUCUACAUUGAGCUGUUCGGUGAGUACAUUUUUACAUUUAUUUAAACACAACACACAGGGAGAAGUUUGUGCUGCAUGAUCAUUCCUGAAAUUCCUGAAAUGAUCCACAUCACGUUGUCCAUUCAUACAGCUUCUGUGUCUCUUUGUCUCGCAGACAUUAUUGACGAGAACCUGAAGACUGCUCUACAGAAAGAUCUGAAUGCGAUGGCACCUGGACUCACAAUACAGGUAUUUAAACAAGAAGGUGCAGUGAAGGGCCAGGGUAUGUAGGCAGAUCGGUGUAGAAGUGACAGUGAUGGUGUAAAGAAUCAGAGGCAACACUUUACAAUAACCAUAAUUUAUAAAUGGUAAAUAGAUCGUUCAUUAAUGUUUAAUCAUCAUUUAAAAACAGCAUAAAGACCAAUUAUAAAUGGCAAAUAGUUUAUUAAUGUAAGUUAAUAGUUACUUUACCAUUAACAAGCAAUGAAAUUAUGAUUAAUAAUUUUCAUUAAUUAUUAAUGGACUAUUUAUUAAAGGUUUAUUAAGGGUUUAAAUAUCGGUUGUAACACAUCUAGAUUAAAAUGUGUGUCAGGAGCACUUUGUUAAUGGUUCAUAUUUGGUUUAUAAACAUCUAUAAACGUUACUUAGAUUGUUGUUGUAAAGUUAGGGUUAGGUUUGUAAAAUUGUAAAAUUUAUUAAUGGUCUAUAUGCUAUUUAUUAAUGAUGGUUAAACGUGAAUAAACUAUCUGCUUACCAUUUAUAAAUUGUCUUUUUACCAUUUAUAAGUUAUGAUUAUUGUGAAGUGUUACUGUUAGUGUUAAAAAAUGAAUGAGAGGUGGAGUUUCCCACUGAAGAGGACUGAAAGAUUAUCAAAGGUUAUUUAGUCACGUCAUCGUUGCUCAUGUUCAUAUGACCGACAUUUAAGAGAGGCGUCAUCACCCCCUUUGUCCUCACAUUUCCUGUCUCUCUCUAGCUGUCCUGUCAAAAUAAAAGCCCUUUACCCCCCAAAUAAAAAGAAGAUUAUUAAAGCUUGUCUGUGCAGGAUCACAAAUAAGAUAAACAGAUAUAUCGUCGGUUCAUGUUUCUGCUUAAAAUAUGAUGAUGAUGAUGAUGAUGUGGUAUCAAGGAAGACGCAUCAAAGUUAAAUAGGAGUUUUAAUGACUGCUUCUAAUCUUGGUAAAUCAACAGACAUUAGUGUUUGCAGCAGAGUCUUGUUGAAGUUCAGCGUAGUUUAAUCUAACUCCAUGUAUGUUGUAAAGUAUGGCUGAUUUUCUAAGGGUGCGAGUGGACAUCUUCUCCCUGAAAACCAUGACUCCUGUAUAAAACCAGUUGAAUAUACUGACAGGGUCAUUUGCAUUAUUCCCUGGUUUUGUUUUUUCCCUUAUAAAGGCGGUCCGUGUUACCAAACCAAAGAUCCCCGAGUCUAUCAGGAGGAACUUUGAACUCAUGUGAGUUUGUAAAUUUUAUACUUCUUUGCCUGUUCUCUGUGCAUGUUUAAACAUCUCUCCUGUUCUUCACCCACUCAGCCUCAGACCACACAGAAAGAAAAAUAUUUGCAAGAACCUUUCUGUGUGUGUGUGUGUGUGUGUGUGUGUGUGUGUGUGUGUGUGUGUGUGUGUGUGUGUGUGUGUGUGUGUCUGUGUGUGUGCGUGCGUGUGUGUGUGUGUGUGUGUGUGUGUGCAGGGAAGCAGAGAAGACUCGCCUGUUGAUCACAGCUCAGACUCAGAAGGUGGUGGAAAAGGAGGCCGAGACUGAAAGGAAAAAGGCCAUUAUCGGUAACUGUGACGUGUCGCUGUAAAUAACUCGGCUUUAUUUGCAUCUGAAUAGCUCUUGUUUUAAUUUUAGCAGUUCCCUCUUUCAGUCGUCCAUCCCCUGUGCACUUGUCAACAUGUUCCCAUGUCUCACAGAGGCUCAGAAAGUUGCCCAGGUGGCAGAGAUCCAGUUCCAGCAGAAGGUGAUGGAGAAAGAGACGGAGAAGAAGAUCUCUGAGAUCGAGGGUAAGCAUGCGCUGCUGCUGUUUUUAUCCUGAGAGAUAAAUCCGUGCAGCUCUGUUCGCAGAAGCAUGGAGUGAACUGGCGUUGUCACAUGUCUGUCUAAUUCAACAGUAUCUCUUUGUUUUAGAUGCUGCCUUCUUGGCAAGAGAGAAGGCGAAAGCGGAUGCAGAAUUUUACACUGCUGCCAAGUGUGCAGAAGCAAAUCAGGUAAAACACAGUUUUGACUCACUGAUAUAAAUAAACUCACAUACAAUCAUCCGAAACAACUGAUGGCAGUAAAAUAGUUUAAUAUUUGCAAAAGAUUCAUCUGUAUUUUGGAGAGAAUCUGUAGACGAGGAACCCGAUUCUGGAUGUCAUUCGUGUUAUUGUUUAUUCUUGUCCAUGUAUAAUUAUCCACUCGUGGUUCUGCGGUAUCAGCUCAACUCAACUUUAUUUAGAUAGCACUUUACACACAACUGAGUCGAUCUAAAGUGCUUUACAACAACACAGAGGAAAAAACAAAACAAAAGAAGAGAACAAACAGCUGAUGAAGAAGAAGAAGAGCAGACUGAGUGACAGUUAUAAUAAUAACCAUAGCAAUAAAAAUAUAUUUUCAAUACCAUCACUAUCAUCAUCAUUCAUAAUAGUCAUAAUAAUAAAAAAAGCAGCAGCAAUAAUAAUAACGAUGAUAAAGACAACACAUCAUUUGAUGCAGAGCAAAGGAAGCAGAUCUUUUGGGCCAUAAAACUAACAAGGAACCCAUCAGAUGUAAUCGGAUUUCUACAAACCCAUAAAAACAUCGAACAACAGCAGCACACAAUUUGGUCAUCUGGGCUACACUCAGGGGUCGGUUGUUGAUUUAUUGUUUAUAAUGACAAAUGCAAAGAAAGCUGAGCCUUUAACCAAAAACUCCUCAACACUAAAUUAAUUAUCUGAACCAAAAACCACCAAAAAACUGCGACUUACUCACAGAGGUUUUGUCGAUAAUGUUACAAUUCCAAGAUAAUAACUGAGAUAUAAAUUCUACAUUAUUACUUCAGCAAACUGCCUUAAAAUUAUAACCGCAGCUCCUUGAUCAUACAGAUACAAACUGUUCCACCUACAAGUGGGAUCUCCACUCCCCUGAUGCUGGUUUUUUCACAGUCUAUAUGAGAAUUCUGUGGCCUCAGCUAGGUCGCGGCCCUGAGGCUGGAAAGUGAGAAAAAUGAUAAUGUGUAUUACACUUUUUUCUCUUCUUAGCAGUACCUGUUAGUGGGUGAUUCAAGUCCAGCAGCAAGUGAACACUUUGUCCUUGAAGUUGAUGUGUGAGAAGCAGAGAAAAUGAGCGGUGUAAGAAUAAACCGCUCUGACAAGGACAAACCUGUUCUGAUCAGAGGACCGGGUCAAAGCUUCAGUAUGGCUGCCAGAGCCGACAGAAGAGAUACCGGAGCUCAGACUGCUGAAAGAUUUAACUCUAGGAUAUUAUUCUCCUGUGGUUGACUGGAAUUCAGUAUUUUAUGGCCUAAAAGUCAACAUGUGAGACUUUCAAGUGUCCAUGCAGAUGCUACAGAGUGACGUUAUGAUGUAUGGCACUGUAUGGGAUACUAAGAGCAGGCCAGACAAAUAUAUCAUGGUUUUUCUCAUGAGUUUGACUUUUGAGAAAGAACACAGGCUUCUUUGAUUAUUUACAGAAGUCAUGACUGAUUUAAUCCAAACCCCUUGAGCCGAAUCAGACUCCGAGAUCGCUUAUCUGAUUUGAGCGUAGACAGUGCGACACAGCGUUUGGCCGUUGUCGUGGGAUGAACCGUCUCUUUUGCUUGUAUCUUUAUGGUGGAUUAUGUAUCCUCCGGAGCAGAAAAUGACAGUUCCUGUUUCUUUUUUACUGUAUAGACUUAUGAGAGCGUCUGACAGCACAGUCGAGGGGGAGGGCUUUAACUUCUGAGAAGCAUCGAAUGCUUUUGCUGUGAUAGAAAAUAAUGAAAAUACUGGCGUGAGGAAGAGUACACCCACUGUCGAAAUCAAACACAUUUGUCGCCAGAGUGACUCUUUCUGUUAGUCAGCAUGUUUACAGAUCUGGGAGUCUGGAAUUCACUUCAGAUUUUACCUUUAAAGACCCACUCCGAUGAAAAUCCUGUUUUUCUUGUUUUUUAUAUGUUCAUUUUUCUGAUGCUACAGGGCAGGAAAAAUAAGUGUGAAAUUGCUUUUCUGAUUAUUUCUUCAUUCAAAUCGUUGUGAAUCUCCGGCAGACCCAAACAGAGGUAAACUGAGAUUUCAUGCGUAACCAAUCCAAACUCUGCCCCCGGAGCCCCGCUGUGCCACACUCGAAAAAAUAGAGAGGACGAUCGCCGAACAAGUGCGUGCGUUAUCGGAUUGCAAUGCUCGUAAGAAAGCUAAUUAUGAUUAUGUCCAUAAAGACAUUAGUGUCCGAGAGCUGAGUAGCUCCUCUGUUACCUGCCACGUCUACUAACGCGAAGACGAGUGUGCAGAGCAGCGCUGUCUCCGCCCACGACUCAGAGGCGAAUUGCUAAUGAUCUACUGGAGCUCUGCAGAAGAAAGACCUUGAAAAUGACACAGGUAACGCGAUUUUUGGUAAAAACUCCAUAAUCACGAUUUAAAGACCACUGAGAGAACAUUUUAAGUAGUAAAAAAAAUGAUCAGAGUAGGACUUAAAGUGACUGCAUAUGUCUGCUACACGUUGCCGUCUGUCAUUGCAGCUUUUCAGAGAUGUACUGAAAUGAUAUAACCCAGCUCUAAUCUAAUCUUCUUCUACUCUUCUCUGUCUUUUAGUUGAAGUUGACGCCGGAGUACCUGGAGCUGAUGAAGUUCCAGGCUAUAGCUGCGAACAGUAAGAUCUACUUUGGCCAGGACAUUCCUAACAUGUUUGUGGAGGGAACCAACAACUCCCCCAAACCCGCACGCUCCUCUAACCUUCCCAACGAAUCUCAAGACUUACUCAGAACCAAACCAAAGGGCCAGUGAGUCCUCGGCUCUGCCUCUGCACGGGACAGGAGAACCCUGCCGAGGACUCUUCUGUCUGAGAGGCUGACGGGUGGGACGGCUUUGCAGCUAGUGUGCUGAACGCACUUCCGUCUUAAAUCUGGGUGGCACAGAGGAAGUGUGGAAGCUUACAGAUGAACAGAUGUGAGCGUUAGGAUCGAUGCCAUUGUUUAAAAUCAGAAGCAUAAUUGAUGCUUAUGCCUGGGAAGGCGACAGCGAGAAGUCGCCCUAAUUUACACGUGCUUGCAAUCAGUGCAGUGUUUAACUUUGCUGUUGGAUCUGCAUUAAUUUUGUUUGUUGUAUGCAAGAGGAGUGAUUUGUUAUGAAAUGAUUUUUUUUUCUGGUUUGUUUGAACUGGAAUCUGGACAGGUGACACUAAUUAAAAGUGCGGCGGUUUCUGUCAGGCGUGUGAUGUGGGUAGGUCGUCCCCCUUCGUGCCAUCUUCUCUCACACUAAUUCACUGGUCGGCUCCUCUCUCCUAUUACAGCGAGUCACACGAAGGCUGUUUAAACACGCUGCUUGUGGAUGAUACAGUUACGGCAGGUUGACUACAGCUGUUUCAGAGAAGCCCGCCUACAUCUUCAGUGGGCUGACAUUAUCCAGACGUCAAAACUGAGCUGUGAAAGAUUUUAAAACGAUAUCACUCUUUAAACAAGUGGCCUAACUCGGUUAAAUUUUCACCUGAGCCUGCACAAAGUCAGACACUCAUCUACAGAUACUCGAGUCUUAAAGCUGGAGGGCUGUCAGCGUUCGUUUUUAUAGUUAUUAUUACAGUGGUGUCAGUUUGGUGGUUGUGUAGUUUAUUUUCUCUUUGUUUGGUGAUAAUUUGCUGUUACUAGUUAAACAUUCAGCCACCACUGAAAGGCUUGAGAUGCUCUUUUUUCCUCCUGAAAGUGAAUUCAAGUUGAUCCAGUUAUAUUAAAGGGACUGUUAAGGUGAAGCAGUUGAGUUUUUGUGCCACUGGAGGAAGUCCUGGUUUGUCUUCCUUGUAAAGAACCUUUUUUUCUUCCAUCUGAUUUUGAUGAUCAGGGCCAUGCAUGUGAACGUUUGUGGUGGCUUGAUUCAGAUGAGUAGUAGUGCCUGCGAAUGUCUGCCAACCCUGUUUUUGUACAGCUUAUUUAGAGUAAAUGUGAAUUCUCAGGAAAGUGACUUUUAUUUUAGUAAAACAGCUGCUCAUAGUGGGACAGAGCGGAAAAAAAAAAUCCACAAUCGUGCAAGAAAAGCUGAUUAAAAUUGGUGUUGAAAUUGCGGGCGAUUAAAUCUAUAAGGGGUUAAAGUGAAGUGAUGUUUUGAGAACCCGUUGUCUAAAAUAAAACCCUCCUUCAACAAGAAUCAAAGUCCUCGUCCUCUUGAGGUGACGUUUUUAUUGGGCCGUGUGUUUAUAGGCGGCGUCCAAGACUUUGAAUAUCAUGAGGACAUUGGUCUGUCCGAGUAGAAAUAGUCUCCUUUCCACUGUAGAUGUUUACAUUUCUGUGCAGCUGAAGAAGAUUUUCGUCUUUGCUUAACACGUCGUUUAAGGGAUUUAAAAGGAAACACAAGCACCACACACACGGCUCCUAAUUAAACUUAAUGUUGUUGAGCUUUGCUUUCAGUUUUGUGUGACGACAUGAGAAACAAACUGAUUUAUUUAAAGAUGAAUGUCGAUGAAAACUCUGGCCUAAAAAAAAAGAUGCAAGUAGGUGCUAGUUUUCAGUCUUUGUGUUUGAACUUUUGAUUUUGUUCAGCUCAGUUUGAGAAACACUGAAAUACUUCCACGAUUGAGAAUUCAAGCCUUAAAUAAUAAACACGGAGUUGUUGAUACUUAACGUUUAAAAAGCUCUGCUUAAAUCAAACUGUGAGACUUCUGUGGAGCUGGUUUGACUGCACGCCGCGGCCUCAACGUAGACUCUGAGAAAGACAGAGCUAUCAGUGGAUAAUACUAGUAACGGAAGAUGUCAUUAUGUUUACUUGACCUCUGAAUGGCUGCACUCUGCGUCUGCUUCGGUGGCGGGUUCAAAUAAAGAUGCAACAGAGGGGCAUGAAUCACUCAAAACCAUAAUUUUUCUUUUUUUUCUGUCAGUGUUUUGUAAAAUCUGUGAAAUUCAAACAUUGUCUCCUUGUUUUAAAAAAAAGUUUAUAUGCAAAAGAAAGAUGUUUUCAAGUUUUGACAAUGUUCUUAUGUAAAAUAAAACCUAUUUUGGUACCUCU